ACCUCAAAAGUUAGUAAAAACAAGUUAGUUCGAUAACAAAAAACCUCUAAUCCCCCCCUGAUCUCCAACAAAAACCUUUGUUCUCUUUUUAAGAUUCAGAAAGUACUUUGGUUUUUGUGCGAGAAAGAAGAAAGGGUUUACCCAACUGUUACGCAGUUGGAAGAAGAGAGAAUUUCCGCAUAAAGAAAAAAAAUGAAGAGAGAGAAAGUGACUAUGGGAAGAGAGAGAAAGUGACAAUUGAGCUCCUUUGCAGUGUGAAAAAAGCCCCAAUGUUCAGCCACCCAUGAUUUGCCUGUAAAACGAUAACUCUCCCGCCACUCAGAAUUUCAUUUAGAGAGAAGGCAACUUUAAGAGUUGGAUGUUUUAGAGAGAGAAAAUCAAGCGUUGGGUUGAGGUUGGGUCACUGGUUAGACCUCCAUGGAACGCGAACUGGAGCCUAGGGGCUCUGUAACUUCACUCCCGCACUGUGAAAUCCAUGUAAAUGGGGCUUCUGAUUGCUUGAUUGAGGAUGGUGUGGACCCGAAUCCUCGAAUAUCGGCUCUGGCCUCCCAUGGCCAUGCACCCCAAUUGGCCCAUGAGAAUGAGGAUGCUGGUAAGUGGAGGACUGUUGUUCUUGCUUAUAAGACUCUUGGUGUUGUGUUUGGGGGCCUUGUUACUUCUCCUCUUUAUGUUUACCCUUCAAUGAGGUUGACGUCUCCGAGCAAGGCAGAUUAUUUGGGGAUUUACUGUAUUAUAUUUUGGACUCUUACUUUAAUUGGGGUUGUGAAGUAUGCCUUAAUAGCACUCAAAGCCAAUGAUCAUGGUGAAGGAGGUACCUUUGCCCUCUAUUCACUGCUUUGCAGGCAUGCUGAUGUUGGCAGCAUUUCGUCAAGAAAGUCAAAUUCCAGCAUGCGCCUUUCACACUGUGGUAUAUAUGCCACUCCUGAUAAGAGUUACCUGGUGAAGUUCAUUGAACAAAGUGUAAUUGCAAGGAGGUUGCUGCUUUUUGUUGCAAUGCUUGGGGUGUGCAUGCUAAUUGGUGAUGGCAUUCUUACUCCUGCUAUAUCAGUCUUAUCUGCAAUGGAUGGUUUAAAAGGUCCCUUCCACUCGAUUAGUCAAUCUGCUAUUGAGGCUCUUUCUGCUGGGGUUUUGAUCAUAUUGUUUCUUGUACAAAAAUUUGGCACUUCAAGAGUGAGCUUCCUUUUCUCUCCUAUCAUGGCUGCCUGGACUUUCAGCACUCCAAUCAUAGGAGUGUAUAGUAUUUUGAAGUACUACCCAAGUAUUUUUAAGGCUUUGUCACCCCAUUAUGCUGUGCUAUUCUUCCUGAGAAAUGGGAAAAAAGCGUGGCUGUUACUCAGUGGCAUUGUGUUGUGCAUAACUGGUUCUGAAGCCAUGUUUGCAGAUCUUGGUCAUUUCAGUCAGAGAUCAAUUCAGAUAGCUUUCUUAUUCACCAUAUACCCUUCUCUGGUCCUGACUUAUGCGGGGCAAACAGCAUAUCUGAUUAUUAAUCCCAAUGAUCACAGUGAUGGGUUUUACAAGUUUGUUCCUAAGCCUAUUUACUGGCCCAUGUUUGUGGUAUCAACACUGGCUGCUACAGUUGCAAGUCAAUCGUUGAUCUCUGCUACCUUCUCUGUCAUAAAGCAGGCAGUUGUCCUUGAUUACUUUCCACGACUUACGGUGAAGCACACUUCUAGAAGCAAAGAGGGCGAGGUUUACUCCCCAGAAGUCAACUACAUCCUUAUGGUUUUAUGCAUCGCAGUUGUGCUUGGUUUCAGAGAUGGCCAAGACCUAGGCAAUGCUUUUGGUGUCGUGGUCAUCCUAGUUAUGCUAAUCACUACCAUUCUCUUGACACUGGUUAUGAUUAUAAUAUGGAAAACUCCCUUGCCACUAGUUGCACUUUACUUCAUUCCAUUUUUCAUUCUCGAAGGCGUAUAUGUGAGUUCAGUUUUCACUAAAAUUCCUGAGGGUGGGUGGCUCCCAUUUGCCAUAUCCAUCUUCCUUGUUCUCAUAAUGUUCACUUGGUACUAUGGGAGACAAAAGAAGACAGAGUAUGAGAUGACCAACAAAACCACAUUGGAUGGCCUUAGCAAGCUUCUCUCUCAUCCGGGAGUUAACAGGGUCCCUGGUUUGUGCUUCUUCUACAGCAACAUACCAACUGGGCUACCCCAAACUCUCGAACACUAUGUAAAGAACAUGAGAUCACUCCACCGAGUCAUUAUCAUUACCACUUUUAAGUACUUAAUGGUAGCCAAAGUUGCAGGUGGAGAGAGAAUAAUAAUAAAGAGAUUAGGUCUUAGAGGAGUGUAUAGGUGCAUAGUGCAGUAUGGAUACGCUGAUUGCCUCAAUCCCGAAGGAGAUGACAUUAACAAUAGAGUGAUUAACUGCUUAAGAACAUAUUUGGAGAAGAGCUCAGCUGAGUCCCCGGAGCUCCUGCAGGAAGAGAUUUCGGAGUUGGACCAUGCCAGGAAAUUGGAGGUGGUACAUGUACUUGGGAAAACAAGGUUUCAGAUAAGUAAGAGGACAAGGUGGUUUGAUAAGGUGUUCAUUGGAUUCUACAAAGUGUUACAUGAAAAUUGCAGGUCAGCUCUGCCAUCUUUGGGGAUCCCUCUUAAUCAGAGGGUAGAAGUGGGCAUGCUUUGUGAGGCUUAACUCAACACUUCGAAUUGAUGCAAAGGAAAUAAAUGGAGCUUCCUUACUUGGGUCUCUUCCAUAGCAGUGUCUUAUGCUCUUUGAUAAUUCCUUCGAACCAUAUAGAAAGAAAAAUACAUAAUACAUUUCUUUUGAAACCCAACAAAGAAAAUAUAUUGUUGACUGUGUUAUUCUGCAGGGGGUUAAAAUUAUGGUUUUGAGGAUAUAUCUGAGUUUAUGUAUUCUAUAACUGGCUGAUUGGCUGCUGUUUGGUCUGGAGCUGUCUAACCCCCUUAACUACAAGUACUUGUAUUACACAUUCACAAAUUUGAAUCAAUAACAAUCUGUUAACUAUGCACGUCUUAGUGCAUGUUAUCUUGGAA